UGUGAUGACAACCAUAGCUGUAACCACCGGGGGCGAGGGGGGGAGAGAAAAGGGAGAGACGAUAGUGGUGUGCUUUACGCGCAACCUUCCAUUAUAGCCCCAAAAAUACGACACAGACGAGAAAGCAACAAGUGUGGGUGAGCGCGCCGGCAAGCGCUCCGUUCCUCCCCUCCCCUCCCCUCCCCUCCCCACCCUUCCCCGUCCCCUCCCCCGAUCGAAUCGAUCGAUCGUGUUCGAUUUCGAUCCGCGUGGGGGGAAUCAAUCGGGGGCUCGUUCCAAUUCCCGCUGCGCCGCUGCUUCCGAUCCCCGGAGCCGGCGUGCGUGUUCUUGGAUUCUUGGGUUUUCUUUCUGGGGACGUUGUUGGGAGGAGGGCGAGGCUCCUCCGAUUUUGAUGCUCCAGGGCCCCGAGAUCCGAGCCUGAGCGCGUCUCCCCCGGGCUCGCAGCGGGAGCUAUGGGCAACGCGGGCAGCAACGGCGGGGGAGGCGGCCCGGGCCACCGCCGCCGGAGCUCCGGCCACGGCCACGGCCACCACCACCAGGCGCCGCCGCCCCCGCAGCAGCCGGAGGCCGCGCCCAACCGCUACGUCUUCGCCGCCGCCACGCCCUACCCGCCGCAGUACCCCAACCCCAACCCGCCGCAGUACUACCCGCAGUACGGGAACUACUACCCGCCGCCGCCGCCCUCCGUGCAGGUGCCCCUCCCAGCGCCCUACGACCAUCACCACAGGGGCGCCGCGCCGCCGCCCAACGUGCCGCCCACGGAGUUCCCGCCCUCCGUCCACUCGCACCACUACCCCGGCUGGGCCGGACGGUACCCUUACGGGCUCCAGCCGCCCAUGCCCACGCCCUACGUCGAGCACCAGAAGGCCGUCACCAUCCGCAACGACGUCAACCUCAAGAAGGAGACGCUCCGGAUUGAGCCCGAUGAAGGCUGUCCCGGCCGCUUCCUCGUCGCCUUCACCUUCGAUGCCACCGUCGCUGGAAGCAUGACUGUCUACUUCUUUGCAAAAGAAGAGCUCAACUGCAAUCUAACAGCGAUGAAGCCAGACUUGAUUAAGCCUGUUACUGUUAGCUUCAAAGAGGGUCUUGGCCAGAAGUUUAGGCAACCUUCAGGGACAGGAAUUGACUUCUCAGCGUUUGAGGACUCUGAGUUGUUGAAACAGGGGGGAAUGGAAAUAUAUCCACUUGCAGUUAAAGCUGAAACAACAUUGGCUGCUGAUCAACCAUCGGAGGGGGAAGACCAGAAACCCAAAACUCCAAACUCGCAGAUCACACAGGCUGUGUUUGAAAAGAAAGAAAGCGGUGACUAUCAAGUACGAGUUGUUAGUCAGAUCCUUUGGGUGAAUGGCACCAGGUAUGAAUUGCAGGAAAUAUAUGGGAUAGGAAACUCUGUGGAAGGGGACACUGAUGCAAAUGAUCCUGGGAAAGAAUGUGUCAUAUGCCUCUCAGAACCUAGGGAUACUACUGUCCUUCCAUGUAGGCAUAUGUGUAUGUGCAGCGAGUGCGCCAAGGUCUUGAGGUACCAGACCACCAGGUGCCCCAUCUGCCGUCAGCCGGUCGAGCGGCUGCUGGAGAUCAAAGUGAACAACAAAGCUGAAGAGCCGCCCCAGCAGACGUCCCAGUCGCCUCCGCUACCUCCACCCCCUGUUCUGCAUCAGGAAGAGGUGUAGCUACAGCCUAUCACCAACAGCGUAAAAACACUAUAUGCUUCUAGAUUGCGGUCUUCGGGCCUUCUCCCCCUGCAGGGUGCUCACUUCGUCUGAGCAUACGGGAUGUAACUGUUAAACUCGCCUCGGUUACCUGUAGUGUAUGUAAAGCGUGUUGUAAAGCUUCUGGCACCACGAAGCGGCUCGCCGACUCCCGGCGGGGAGCCCUGCAGAUGCCGAGAUGAGGACAUCUUAUACGUUCAUGCGUGUGCUGUUGGCUAGCUGAAGAAGUUGCAGCAGGGUUGGGGGUGUGCCUCGUGCCUGCCUGGUUUCCUCUGUCGGGGGAGGGGUGAAAGAGGCACGGAAGGUGCCUCCAGGUUUGUACAAAGUCUCGUAAUUUCUAUCAUAUCAUAAAUUACCUUGAGGUUGACACA